GUAUGCAAGACACCUACCAAUAUUGGCCGAAAUGCAGCAUAUACCAAACACUCCAAUUGCUGCAAAAAACACGUGCAUGCUCCCGGUCAGAGUACGUUGUGGAGACAUUUAUGACCGAUCCACAAGUAACAUUGAUGAAACCUCUGGUAGCUUGCACACUGUCAUGGAGAGCCUUGAGCACUCUCUUACCAUCAAACAGAAAACUGAUGCUCCGAAGGCUGUUGCAUAACAGACCCAAACGGUUGUCUGAAAUGUUCCAGAAAGCAUCAGAUAUCCCUAAAGAAGGAGAAACCACAUCAGUCAGUCACAAAUUGUUUUUGGCCAAUGGAAUUUAUUAUCCUAGCUCACUAGGGGUAUUCACUCUCAUGCCGCAAGGGCUUCGGGCUCUACAGAAGCUGAUCAAAAUAAUAGACCAAGAAAUGGAAGCUGUUGGUGCUGAAAAAAUUCAAAUGCCUACAUUGGUGCCCCAACGUCUUUGGGAGAAGACAGGGAGGUGGGAGGCGAUGGGAUCCGAGUUGUUUCGAUUGCAAGACAGACACCAGAGAGGCUACUGCCUAGGUCCUACACAUGAAGAGAUAGUAACAGAACUGGUAGCCAGUCAGUUGAACUUCCACCAUAGGCUUCCCAUCAAACUGUAUCAGAUUACAAAGAAGUUCCGAGAUGAACCAUUACCACACCAUGGGUUUUUAAGAAGUAGAGAAUUUGAGAUGAAAGAUUUGUACACCUUUCAUGCUACGGAAGAAGAUGCUAGGACAACAUAUAAAGAAGUUUUGCAGGCGUAUGAGAAUGUACUGAACAGAUUACAACUGGACUUUGUUAAAGCUGAAGCAGACACAGGUUUAAUUGGAGGUUCCCAAUCACACGAGUUUCACCUGAAAUGUCCAGGUAUAGGGGAAGACACUGUGUACACCUGCAACAGUUGUGGAUACAGUGGAAAUAAAGAAGUUUUAGAGGUUGAUAUUAAAUGUCCAUCUUGCAGCUCUCAGGAUCUGGAGUCAUACAAUGCUAUAGAGGUGGGCCAUGCAUUUCUCCUUGGUCAAAAAUAUUCAAAGCCCUUAGAAGCCAUGUACAGAACUGAGAACCAGAAAUCAAGGGUGCUUGAGAUGGGCUGUUACGGUCUGGGGGUGUCCAGGAUCUUGCAAGCCUCAGUGGAAGUGCUAAGUGAUGGCAAACAUAUACGCUGGCCUCGGAUGAUAGCCCCGUAUCAAAUUGUUAUCAUACCACAGAAGAAAGGAGCUUCAGAAGCCAGAUUCAAAGAAAUAACAGAGAAUCUGUAUCAGGCGUUGCAGUCCGUUCCGUCACUGCAGGGAGAGAUCGUCAUUGACGACAGACUCUCUAUUACCAUAGGAAGGAGAGUGGUAGAUGCCAAGCUGCAGGGGUUUCCAUAUGCCGUUGUCAUUGGAAACAAGGCUGUUGAAAGAGAAGAUGGAUUAGAAGUGAUAGAUAUAUAUGCAGAUUGUAAAUCCUCAACAGACUUAACAGUUUCCAGUGUGAUUGAUUAUUUGAGUCAAAAUGUCAAAUGUGUUUCAUGAAAAGUAUAAUUUUAAAACACUUUA